AGUUUUUGAUGCUUGUGUUUCACCCGGACUAAAUAAAAUAACGUACAAUGGAUGCCAGUGUGGAAAGCAACGUGAAAUCUGUCAGGAGAAGUAAAGAGGACAAGAAAGUUCUUCGUAAACAGUUAAAAGCCAGUCACACUUUGCUGAAACAUGAAGGCAUCAGUACAGUAUCGCAGCCUACCAAGAGUUUGGUGGUGGCUAACGGAGGCCUGGGGAACAGCGUUAGUCGAGAGGAGCUGUCUGCAGUGAUGAAGGAGAUGGGAGAGCUGGAGGCGCUGAUCAUGCCCCCUCACAAGCCUUACGCUUUUGUUACAUACAGGUGUGAGGAGAGUGCUCGGAAAGCCCACAUCCACCUCAACGGGGAAAAGCUUCAAUGCGGAGAGAACAGCGUCACACUCUACCUCAGUUAUGUCGACUCAGUAACCUGUAAAGAGGAGGCCUCUGUUCCUCUGCCAGAGGGAUUAGUCUUGGUGGAGGAUUUUGUGUCUCUGGAGGAAGAAGCUCUGCUGCUCGCUGCUAUAGACUGGUCGUCUACUAAUGAUGAUGUCACCGCUCAGAAAGCUCUGAAGCACAGAAGAGUCAAACAUUACGGCUUUGAAUUUCGCUAUGACAACAACAAUGUGGAUAAGGACAAGCCAUUAGCUGCAGGUAUUCCUCAGGAGUGUCUACCUGUUCUGGAGCGGUGUGUGAAGAACAAACACAUCGACAUCAUGCCAGACCAGCUGACUGUCAACCAGUACCAGUCUGGACAGGGCAUUCCUCCUCACGUGGACACUCACUCUGCCUUCGAGGACACCCUCCUGUCGCUGAGCCUGGGGGCAAAGACGGUGAUGGAGUUCCGUCACCCCGAUGGUUGUCUUGUUGCCGUGGUGUUGCCAGAGCGGAGCCUGCUGGUGAUGAAGGGAGAGAGCAGAUACCUCUGGACUCAUGGGAUAACUCCGCGGAAGUUUGACAUGGUGCCGGCCUGCGACCCACAAUCCCCUGCUCAUGCAACACCUGACCUCGGCACUCAAAGCAAUCUCACUUUGAGCAAGAGAGGCACCCGCACUUCCUUCACUUUCCGCAAAAUCAGACAUGAACCCUGCCGCUGUGCCUUCCCGUCUGCCUGUGACAGUCAGGGAGCUCCCCCAGCACCCUCUCCCCCGUCUCCUCCCUCACUGCCCAGUUGCCAUGCCGACGCAACCCUCCUGGAGGAGGAGUAUGUGCACCGGGUGUACGACGCCAUCGCCUCCCACUUCAGCAGCACCCGCCACUCCCCCUGGCCUCGCGUCUGCCACUUCCUGAAGUCGCUCCCCCCUGGCAGCGUGCUGGUGGACGUGGGCUGUGGGAACGGGAAAUACCUGGGAGUCAACCCGGAGCUGAUGGCAGUUGGUUGUGACCGUAGCAGUGCUCUGGUUCAGAUCUGUGCAGAGAGGGGUUUCCAGGCGUUUGUCUCUGAUGCUCUCAGUGUCCCUCUGCGGACAGCCUCCUGCGAUGCCUGCAUCUCUAUAGCUGUCAUACACCACUUCUCCACACAGGAGCGGCGGCUGGCAGCAGUGAAGGAGCUGGUGAGACUUUUGAAACCUGGAGGCCGAGCACUUAUCUACGUUUGGGCUUUUGAACAAGAAUACAACAAGCAGAGGUCCAAGUACCUCAAAGAGCAGAACAAAGAGCAUCCUGAGACCCACAGCGGCAAUGAAAACACACCAGACGACAGACAAGAGCCAGACAGGAACCUGAACAUCCACACCAGCAGAGAUUUAGAGCACAACGACAGGCCUGAAGACAACACACAAGACGUGACUGAUGGCAAACUGAGUGUGCACACCAACCGCACAGCCUUCAACACCCAGGACCUUCUGGUUCCCUGGCAUCUGAAAGAUGGGAAAAAACGGGUGGAGGAAGAUUCAGGAGAGAGUAGAAAGACGGAUAAAAGGAAAGAGAAGUCCAAAAAGACUUCAGGUAACACCUGUGCAGACUCUAGUUUGAGUUCCAUAUCCCCAUUAGACUGUAACGCUGACUCCAACAGCUCCUCUGGAUCAGGUCUCCACACCAGUGAAGCCACUCACAGCCCAGAUUCUAAACUCAGUCCAAAUGGCGACACGAGUCAGACCCCAAGCUCUACUCUAAAGUCGGAGAGCAGCCCAGCGCCCGUUUUUCACCGCUACUACCACGUUUUCCAGCAGAGGGAGCUGGAGCAGCUGUGUGCUCAGGAGGCUGGGGUCAAAGUGCAGAGCAGCUACCAUGAUCAGGGAAACUGGUGUGUUAUAUUACAGAAGGACUGACAAACACUUGUGAAUGCUAUCUAAAUAAAGUCUAAAUUAAAGGAUCCUUUACUUGUAUUUAUGCAGAAAUGCAGUGAAAUAAAUCUCAUGGUUUUAUAAAAA